AUUAUCUUCAUUUCUCUCUACCUUCCUUUUUUUUAACCCUAUUGAGCAUCUUCUCCAAUUUAAUCUUCUAUAACUACUCCAUAUAUCUCAUAAAAAAAUUAAAACAAACAAGUGUUUUUUUUUAAAAAAUUUGUUUUGUGUAUGUUACUUAUGGAUGAAAUCAAUAUUUCUCCUUCUUCAUCACCAAAUUCAAAUACUACUCUUCAACAAAGGCUUCAAUUUAUCCUCCAUAAUCGCCAUGAAUGGUGGGCUUACUCCAUUUUUUGGUUGGCUUCUAAAGAUAUCAAUGGAAAUCUUGUUUUCACUUGGGGAGAUGGCCAUUUACGUGACGGCAAUGGCAGCGGUGGUGGUGGUGGUGGCUGUCAACUCAUUAGUUUUGGGUUCGAUGACGUUUCCAUGGAUCGAGUGGAAGGUGGCAAUUUUGUCAACUUGGAAUGGUACUACACGGGAUCCAUCAACCAGACGUAUGGUGCAGUAGAUAAUGUGGUCGGCCGGGUUUUCGACUCGAGCGCGUACAUCUGGUUGACAGCGGACAAUGGCCUUUAUUUGUACGACUGUGAACGAGUAAAAGAAGCACGUUUGCGUGGGGUUCAAACGUUGGUUUUUGUUUCUACGUCCGUUGGGGUUUUGGAAUUGGGUUCUUCUGAGUUGAUUAAACAAGAUUGGAGUUUAGUUCAGUAUGCAAAAUCACUUUUUGGAUCUGCUUCGUCUUGUACAAGUUCUACACUCUUUAAACAAAAAGAUCAUCAUGUGGGUAUUGGCGGUGGAGGAAUGAUUCAACCACAAGCACCGUCGUGCUCCGGUUUCAUCAAGCGAGAGACGGGCCAUGGUGGAGGAGGGUCGUCCUCCGAUUCCCUCUCUGAUAACUCUGAUGGAAACUUCAUGUCAACCAAAAUUAACAGUAACGUAUUUAAAUUUCGUCAUCUAAAAUCAUUUCUGAGAACUUUAUCGAUUCAAAACACAGUUGGUAAGAAGAGGGGGAAGAGAUCAGCAAAGAAUAUUAAAACAGAGUUGUCCUCGCUGCCGGUAAACCACGUGGAAGCUGAACGACAGCGACGACAAAAGCUGAACCAACGAUUCUACGCGCUCCGAUCAGUGGUUCCAAAUGUAUCAAAAAUGGACAAAGCUUCGUUACUUGCUGAUGCAGCAGAGUAUAUCAAAGAGCUAAAGUCCAAGGUUCAAAAAUUGGAGUCUAAGCUAAAACAAUCACAACAUCAAACUAGUAGCAGCACGAUCUCGACGGUUGAGCAAACAAUUAGCUCGAUCACGAGUUACACAAACAACAACAACAACAACAACAAUAAUGUAGAGGUGCAACUUAUUGGGUCAGAAGCAAUGGUAAGAGUUCAAUGUAGAGAUGAAAAUUACCCAUCAGCAAGGCUUUUGAAUGUGCUAAAAGAAUUGGGACUUCAAGUUCAUCAUGCAAGUUUGUCCAGUGUAAAUGAAAUGAUGCUGCAAGAUGUUGUUGUUAGAGUUCCACAUGCGGUAGCCUGGAGAGAUCAAAGGACCUUAAGAACAGCCAUACUUCAAAGACUUGAAUAAUCUUGAUUCUGCAUGAAAUAAUGUUCCCUUUAUUUUUCGGUUUAUCGUUCUUUAAAGUCUCGGUACGUCUGCAUUUGUUAAGCUUUUUGUGUCCAUACGUAUGUUCUUGAAUCUGAUUCUGUACUAUAGGUAAUAGUAUUGUUGAAACAACAAGGAUGUCUUUGCUUAUGUAAUACCUUGUCUUUGCUUAUGUUAUGAAUAUAAUGUUGCAUAUCUACUUUCAACUUAA